AUGUCGCAUUCUCGUAAUCAAGGACCAGCAAAUUUGCUCAUCAAAUCCAUCAGUAGUAAAAAGAAUGAGGCUGUUUGGUCUGAGCACUUGAUCUUGGAAUUGUCGCCUCCGAUAAAAGAUAGUUUAUAUGUAAAAUGUUACGAUAUGAGUAAAGGCGGUAAUAAUGGAUCAUUUGGGAAAGCUGUAAUAAAAUUAAGUUCUUACAAAGGACAAAAAGCGAAAGUGAAUUUAGUAUUGGUCAAACAUGAAAACCCUGUCGGAGAAGUAGCUUUUGAUAUUUAUUUUCUCUCUGGAAAUCCACCAAGAAAUGCUGACCUAAACUUACACGACGGCUCUUCGUCGAAUAACAAGAUAGGCGGCGUAUUAUUAUUGAAAAGCAUUACUUGCCAAAGAAUGCGUGAAAAAGGAAACCUAGAAUUCAUUCUCAACGGGGGGACUAAAAAGCAUACGACUGAGAACUACUGGAAAAUGUCACCGGAAACUUGUGAAUAUUCUGUAUCAUUCAAUCUGACCGUCAAGAAGAUAAAACUAUGCAUUCAAUAUCGAUACAGUCCACUACUCACUGACUUUGCAAAAUCAGAAUUUGAAAUCAAGUCUACUGAAACUUGGCAAAAAUUGAUGCAAACGGGAACAAUUAAAAGUUGUUUUUCCUUUUCGCUUGUUGUUUUCUCUAAAAAUGAAGCUAAUCCAUUAUUGAUUCAAUCGAACGUAGCUGGCAAUCUAUCAUUUGUAGAGAACGGCCUCGCUGCUGGUUAUACAAAAUUCAAAGUAUCUUUUCAUGCUUUGACUACUUUCGAACAGAUCAUUCAAGAAACACAGGAAAAUCUUAACGUUAACGAGAGCAACAAUAAUCCUAAUGAUGAUUUCGGCCAACUUAAAACGUCACAAUCGCGGCGUAGCACAAUUUCGCAGCGUAGCAGUAUUUCGCGGCAUAGCACAAUUUCCCGGCGUAGCAUUAUUUCGCAGCGUAGCACAAUUUCCUCAGCAAGUUCGUCUUCAUCACCUGACAGCGCUAUAAACGAAAAUUAUGGAAAAAUUGUCUGCUCAAGAUAUUUAAUAUUAGCUCCGGUUGAAAAUAAUGGUCUUACGACUAGGCAAUCUGAUCAAUAUAGAAAUCAAUUAUACAAAGGCCACGAUAUUUAUUGUAACUUGGACCAGUCGAAAUAUGUCGUAAAAUGGUUAAAUAUGGAAAUCAACCAUUCAUUAGAAGGCUUUGUGUCUAUUACCUCCUAUGCUGGAGACAAUUUGGAAACCAACAAAUUUAUAUUUAAAGAUUCAAUUGCAAAAAAGCAAAUAUUAUUAAGCAUAUCUAAAGCAAUUGAAUUUCUUCAUGGUGCAAAAAUUGCUCACCUCGAUUUAAACCCUACAAAUAUUAUUUGUAGGCCAAACAACGUGUAUAAGAUACGCCUGUGUGACCUCGAAUCGGCAAAGAAUUUCGGAGACUAUUUGCAAUCCAAUGACUUUUGCUCAUGUGGAUUUAGUGCCCCAGAGAUCGUACAACAUACCGAUACUAUCCAAGCUAGCUCCGCUCAAGAUAUAUUUAGCUUGGGCUGCAUUCUCUAUUUCAUUCACACGAAUAAACGCAUUUACGAUGAUUUCGACGACUUGCGCAAUUCAACAUGUUCAAAAAAUGUUCAUCGUAAUAUUUUUCACAAGCAAGACGCAAGUAUUAUUUUACAAAUGUUGGAUUGGAAUCCAAUUAAUCGCCCAACAAUACAAAAAGUAAUAAACUCGGAUUAUUUUAAGGAAGGUUCGAAUGCAGAUAAAUUUAACAAUGAAAUUAGAAGUUCAGAUACUUCUAACGAAAAUGAAUCAUAA